AAACGAAAAUGAUAUUAACCAAGAUGGCGCCGGGCAAGAGAGAAAAGUGAUGAGAGAAUAGAACAACAAGCGACCAAACUCUAUAACAGUUUGCAUGUAUUCGCUCUGCGCGAUUAUUUUAUGCCACGCCUGUAUUACUUUCACCCGGAAACUGUCAAACACGCGCGGAGAGGACGCUGCGACGCAGUUAUUUUGCUAACUGUUUGUUAACCAGCUGCUAAAGUCGCUAGCCUACCUAACGUCUGCUAACGUUAACUGCGGAAGGCGAGUCAGGAGAAAGCAGGCAGGCGGUUCAAAGUAGGAGCCGACAAGUGAACCUGACUUUAUUUUGGUUUGGAGACGUCUUUUAAUAAGGUAGCACGUCUUUCAUAGUUUGGAGCUCUGUCAGUUACAGCAGGGUGUUGUUAGGAAAGAAACGUUAUACCUCUGAUAAAUAGAGGUGAAAAGACGAGGAAAGGCGUCAUCUUUGCUGACUUGACGCCAUGGCUCACUCUCCAAUUCAGAGCGGACUGCCGGGGAUUCAGAAUUUCAGAGCUGAUCCAGAGGAGCUUUUCACCAAGUUGGAGAGGAUAGGCAAAGGCUCUUUCGGUGAAGUCUUUAAAGGCAUCGACAAUCGAACUCAGAAAGUUGUGGCCAUUAAAAUUAUUGAUCUGGAGGAAGCGGAGGAUGAAAUAGAAGAUAUUCAGCAGGAAAUCACAGUUCUCAGCCAGUGUGACAGUCCUUUCAUCACCAAGUAUUUUGGAUCCUAUCUCAAGGGUACAAAAUUAUGGAUUAUUAUGGAAUAUUUGGGUGGAGGAUCAGCCCUUGAUUUGAUGGAGCCGGGUCUACUCGAUGAAACACAGAUCGCCACCAUCCUAAGGGAAAUCCUGAAAGGUCUUGAGUAUCUGCACUCUGAAAAGAAAAUACAUAGAGAUAUCAAAGCUGCCAACGUGUUGCUGUCAGAACAGGGUGACGUGAAGCUUGCAGACUUUGGAGUAGCGGGCCAGUUGACAGAUACACAGAUAAAAAGAAACACAUUUGUUGGAACUCCCUUCUGGAUGGCACCUGAAGUCAUAAAGCAAUCGGCCUAUGAUUCAAAGGCAGACAUCUGGUCAUUAGGGAUAACAGCAAUAGAACUGGCUAAAGGAGAGCCUCCCCACUCUGAGCUUCAUCCGAUGAAAGUUUUAUUCCUCAUCCCAAAGAACAAUCCGCCAACACUGGAAGGAAACUACAGUAAACCACUUAAAGAAUUUGUUGAAGCCUGUUUAAAUAAGGAGGCUAGCUUUAGGCCAACUGCCAAAGAGUUGUUAAAACAUAGGUAUAUUGUAAGGCAUGCCAAAAAGACGACCUACCUGACGGAGCUGAUUGACAGAUACAAGAGAUGGAAGUCAGAACAGUCUCGGGAUGAAUCUGGCUCCGAAUCUGAUGAGGAACAAGAUGGCCAGGCAUCUGGAGGUGAUGAUGCUAGUAAUGAUAAAUGGAUUUUCAACACCAUCAAGGAAAAGGAUCUGGAAAACGAUUUGAAAAAUGAUUUGAAAAAUGACCUGACAAAUGACCCUAAAAAGGACCUGAAAAAGGACUUGAAAAAGGUCCAGAAUGGAGCAGCACGGCCUGCUGAGUUGGAAAGGAAUCGGGUGGAGGAGAAUCCAAAGAGGCCUUUGUCACAAAGCUUAUCAACAAUCUUUUCUCCAGUUUUUUCAGAGUUGAAACAGAAAGGCGAGACAAGUAAUGGCAAGCCAGAAGCUGCAGAGGAGCUGCGAAAGGCCAUUGUUCAGGCAGAAGAAAAAUACCCAGGAAUCUGUGACUCCCUGGUGGCUGAACUAGUGCAGAGACUUCAGAGGUUUUCUGUGCCACAUGCAGCCCCCACUCACUGAGAUGAGCCAAGUCCAGUUGUGCUCCACUUUUCCACCCUGGUGGUAGCAGUCAGAUCUUUUCCUCUGACCUCCACAGCCAGAAUGAAGUCUCCCAGGAAGGUCUCCAUCACUUAUUUGCCUGAAGCAAAUCCUGGCCUACUUAAUGUCUGUUUAUAUGCUAGCACAGCAUCAGAGGUUCCUAUUCAAGACAGUCAGUGGCCACUCAGUUAGCUGCCACCUGCUGUAAGAUUCCCCUUCUCGAUACCUCCUUCUCAAUUGUUUUAUUUUAAGAGCACAUUAGCUGUCUUUCUGGAAGGACUUUAAGUUUUGAUUUUGGUGUGUUUGUGGCUUUUUCCCAUAUAGGUUUACAGUCGGCAUCCUUAUGGAGAAAAUAACUUGCUUAAUUAAUUGUGUGCAUGUGGCUGUGUGAAAGAUCCUGUGAAAUGUUCAGUGAAGCGUGACGAGUGGGUUUGAAGCAUUCUAUUGAAAACUCAGGUAUCCCGCUUUUAGUGGAUUGGGUCUACUGGGAGAUGGAAAGAGCUCUGCAGGGUGGUUGUACAGACUUGUAAAUAGGCUGAUUUCUACAGUUUCUUGAGAGGUUAAUGGUGCAUUUGGAACCACUGUGUACAAAUGGCCAAAUGCAAAGUGUAGAUAAUGGCUGUGAGGUGAAUAUUUUUGAGAGACUUAAGAGGCCACAAGUGAGAUUGCCUUGCCUUUGUACUUUAUUCUUUUGUAUAUCUGUCUUUGAUUUCUCUCUGUUUAGUUGGAAACUUUUUAAGUACUCAUCCAGUGAAUGAAAGUGGCUGCCCUCUAUCAUGGUUUACUAUUGAUUUGUUUGUGUAUAUUUCUUGAUUCUCUUUGAUUUCACACUCUUUAGUGUGGCUGUAAUAAUGUUGGAGAAUGUCUGAAAAAGAGAGAAAUGGCUGGUUUAUUGAAGCCCCAGCAGUUUUAAACACUGGAUGCUCCGUUUCCAGCCCCAAUUCCACAAAGCUUCGAGUUGUGUUGGUUUGUUGGACUCUGCCUCAUCCCGCUUUUUUUGUUGUUUUUUUUGUUUGUUUCUGUGUUUGUUUGUUUGUUUGUUUUUUCAGCAUUUGAUUGAUAAACUGAGGUUUCGUCCAUUCAUUCCAUUAACAGGGCAGUGCCAUCGUCUGAGUUUAAAUCAGCAGACUCUCUUAGUCUUCCUAGGAGCUGCAGCGGUACUAUCCUCCUCAGUGUACCUACAGCUUUAAUUGCACUUCAAGUAUAAAUGCCUUUGACUAUAAAAAAAAGUAGCCAUAAAACAGUAGCAUGAGACUUACGGUAUUUUGCAGGUAUUCACUCUACCAUCUGGGACGAACAGAAGUCCGCCACAAGUCUCACAGCUUGGACUUUGGAGUUGGUCAUGCAGUGUAAUAAUUGCCUGGCUGUAUCAUUUUGAUUUUUAACUUUGUGAUAAGUGUGCUAGUUUUCUAGACUCCUUACAGCAUAGAUGACACUGCUCUCAGAUGUAUAUAUUAACAUAAAGCCAAGCAGUGUUCAGAGACCAGUGGCACUGCUGCUACGUUUGACUCUAGCUUAAAAGGAAUGUGCAUGGUAGUAUAAAGCCUAAUGGUUGGCCUGAGUAGUAUGCGUUGUAGCAUACUCCUACAGGACUGAAGGAAUGUUGAGCCCUAAACAGAGUCAGAUCAGCCUUAUAGUAUUUGUGAUGAAUGGGAUGAAUAGUAUCAGCUUUAAAGUGUUGGAUCUGUUGCUUUUGUUGUGACUUGUCCUCUGUUUCUAAAUUCAGUGAUGUUUUAUUGAUGAAUGACAAAAAGAUCAAAAUCAUUUCUUUUUUUUCAUAAAAGAAGGUGCACAUGAGCAAAAUUACCCUGUAUGUAGGUUGUCUUAAACCUUUUUUUAAUAUAUAAUCUUUGGGGUUUAAGAAUCAUUUUUUGCCGAUAUAAUGUAUACAAUACACACGAGAAGUUAAAGGAAUAGGUUGACAUUCUGGGAAAUACUUAUUUUAUUUGUAGUGGAGAAAGGAGAAGAAUAAAAUCAGUUAAUGUGUCCUUUUUAUUAGGUAUACAGUGCAGUCUGACCUUAAAAUCUACUUUUGUAAUACUGCACUGCAAUGUUAUUUUGACAAUAUUUUUGCAACUCAUCAGUUUUCAUCAGUUAGACCGCAUCUGUUUACAAAUGUUAUUAGAGAAGAAGAGAAUAAAAUUCAGUCCAGGAUACAUUACCUUUUUAAUUUCACCGAAAAAGUGAAAAUGUAAUUGGAGGAAUGUACCUUUAUUGCACGACACACAGUUUCCAUUGUACUUCUAUAACAUAAGCCUCCUAUUAAAGGUAAUCUGCCGAUCUUAGAUUUUACAUCACAAUUGUGAGCAUCAUAAAGAGACGGCAUUUGUAUUCGACUGAUUUAUACUGCAGAUGGGUUCCUAAUAAAGUGGUCACUGAGUGCUUAAGUUAACAGGAACACAAAGUAUUUCCUGUAUGUCAGCCUUGUUCUUUUAAACAAACCAUUUCAUAGUUCCUUUCUGCUUCCUGUUGUACUUCUGGUGGGAAAUGGACUAAAAUGAGGGCAGUUGAAAUGCUGAUCAGAUGAAUAAGUAGAAGCUGGUUAACCGAGCGACUGCACGUAAUGAGUCUGCUCUUCAUUCAAACAAAUGUGCCAUUUAUGCCCCAAUCUGCACCUUUAACGUGAUCUAAUGUGGCUCUUCUCUUUUUGUGUUGCGCUGUUGCUUUUUAAAGAUGUUACUCAGUGUUAUGGAGUUUUCUUCUUCUUCUUCUUUUGUGUGUUGUUUGGCAAUAAAGCAGUGUGAUCGGCAGGAGUCAUCUCUCAGCACAAGUAGGCAUAUAUGCUUAAACUAUUUUUAUAACCCCAAAGAGCAGUAUUAUGUAAUAGAAGGAGUAAAGCUGGAUUCUGUGAUGUGUUCGAAUUUCAGUUAACACUGGAUAGCAAUCAUUUAAAAUGUACAUUUCAGUUUGAAUGAUUUUUUUUUUUUGACAAGUUUCCAGUCCAGUAUGUGUUGUUGCUCAUUCAGGACAGUGCUGUUGGAUUUCUUGGAAUUAGUCAAAUGUUUAAUAAAUAAAUAAAAAUUAAGUGGAAAGUUGAAUAGGUUUGCUUUUUACAUUUUCCUGACUCAGACUGUAGUGCCUCUUGGAAAUAUCACCCUUCUUGCUGCUUGCGGUUAUGUGAUCGAAUUUCCUUUUUAAGUUUUGUAUAAUAACCCACACAUUUCAAAGUCCACAUAUUCAAAAUCAAGAGAUGAAAUGUAUGGCUACUGCAUAAAGGUUUUCAGUUGAUGCAGUAUGCAUUUCGCACAAUUGAAUGCUGCACGUAGAUCAAAGCAAGUAUGUUUGUUUGUUUUUGUUUUCAGUUUGAAUUUUAAACAUAAGAAAUGAUACUGAAAUUUUCUUUGCAACAUUAUCAGAACGGAGACGAUGAUUCAUCUUCGGACUGUAUAGGGAUAUAGAGAAACCAGUCAAACACAUUUCUGAAUAAAACAUUCCUUAAACUUCA